AUGGUCAAGAUCGAAAGAGAACCCUUGAUAGCCGGGAGACAUCCGACUGAUAACAAAAAUCCAAUCUAUUUUAGCGAACAGCAAACUAUGAUCACUGUGCCUCAAGAUGAUUUCUUCAUUAUUGGUCCCUCGGAUACGCGAUUCGCUCCGGCAAUAGCCUACCCAAAUCGUUUGAAAGUACGCAGUCGAAGCACAUCACCUGGUCUGGUACGAUUCACGGAGAAUCCAGCGCGCAAUGCGAAAAUUCCGACGCGAUUUAACGAACGCGUUGACCAAGGACGUGGGACAAAAACCAGUAACACAAACACUAGUAAAAGUGACCAAUUGCCAGCCCCGAUUCGGCGUGCACAGACUGCGCACACUAGACAAAAUGAGGCCAUACAGACAGACACACCGAAAAGAGCACUGGAAGCGGAAAUUCAACGUAUCCGAAGCGAUUUAGAGAGAAGAAAGCGGGAACUGCGUGCUCGUGCAACGGAAUCGAGCCAACAGUGGACUAAGAGUAAACACAAACACCACAAGGAACCAAAGGGUGUUCAAAAGAGGGUUGAAAUUGCACAACCACCACCACCACCCAUAGUGAGUACAACUCAGGCCACUCCGAUGGCUCCGAGAGACACAAUACACCCAGCUCCUAGAUCAAAGGAGCCUCUAAAAAGACAACGUUCAGCUAGUCCAACUGGUAGACCGCACAGGACUGAAUAUCAAUACGCAUACCGAACACCGGAAAUUAGACCAUUCACGCGAACUGCACAAGCAACUGAACCAGCCAGGAUUGCAAGAGCUCAAACGGAGAGCAAUAUCCACGCUCGAUACGAGUCGGAAUACCGACGUGAGUAUAAACCUUUUAAAUACGUCCCAGUCGAACAACUGAAAUCGACCGGCCUUCAAAAUCAACAUGGUGUGAACAUUGUGCCCAUACCGAGGCCGCGUUCGGCCAUCAUUGCCAGACCAUCAAGUGCCCAGAUCAUGUCGGAAAAUGAUGCUCGAAUUAAACGGCCAGUUCGUUCACUUACACCGCCAGCGAAAAUGGAUGGAGAUGGUUCACGAAGACCGGCUAGACGGCGAUAUAAAACCGAAUACAUGGCGAAAUACACAAAUUUCAGUCAACCCGUAUCACGAACAAAUUCACCUAAGCAUCAGACAAGUUUGUUGCGUAACUGGCACAAGGAAUGGGACGAAUUACGUCAACAGGCUGAAAACAAUCGCGAACGAGAUCGUCGAUCACAUUUUACACCAAAUCAUCUUGGUCAAUUAGACUCGGUGUGGGUGGAUUGUUGGGAUCCUCCAAGCUCAUCAAGUGCUUCCAAUCAACGAGAACUGUACACACAAUUGAACAGACCGCCAGCCGGUAAGCCAUCCUUAAUCAUCGGGACCGCACAAACCAACCCGGAUAACUGGGUAAUCAGCAAACGACGAGAGGCCAUGUAUGAUAGUCAUCAUGUGGCUGAAGUGCUCGAUCCAGAAGAUCCAUGGGACGACUCCAGUUCCCAGUCGAACAACAAAUAUCACUCGAUCCAUACGGAUUGCGGAACACCGAAACACAAACCGUCGAAUCAAAUCUACCCAACAAAUCCAUCUAGAGUCCAACCAAAAGAACGUCUUUCCAGUAUUUUUCCACAGGGGCAAAUCACUCGUGAUUUCACAAGCAACAGUGCAGAUAAACCGGCUAUAUCUUCAUCAUCUCAACCGUUCGAAUUUCCUAGCAGUGGAAGUAGUCUUGGUGGGGAUAUUAGCAGUGGCAUUGGUGGUGACAGCAGCAGUAUUUACGCAGGUCAUGAUCACUGGGCCCGAACACAGGAUCUAGGUACAGAAGAUAAGGCACGAAAAAGCCUAAUCUCCACCACAAUCGAUAUUGACCCGACAGUGACAUUUAGUACACCGAGUCCACUAUCUGUAAGGUCAAUGGUGUCCAGUGCCAGUAUCGCCUCGGACACUUUGCAACGAGCAAAACGACAACGUGACCGAAUGUUGCGUGAUUACGAGACGCGACAUGAGAACACGUAUUCACCGAACGCAUACGGCAGUCCAAUACCUCGACACGGGAAGUGA